CCGGAAACGUCAAGAACUUUUGAAGUAAAUUUAUCUUUUCCCUCGUUAACACGGAUUGCUGACGAGAGGCAUUUUUAAAGAUAACAUUCAAGAAUCGUCUUAGCGACCUAAACGAAAGACACAUAUUCUGUGUGCGGAUAUAUUAUUCUUCUUAUUAUUAGACUAGUAUUCUUUAAGUACUUAGAGCUGUCCCAUCCUGCGCGUCUUCCUAAUAUGGUCAUAAUGGAGGUUCCGAAUAUCGACUGUGGCUCUCUUCGAGCUCUUUUGGACGGAAGUGAGUCCGGGUGUCUUGUGUUGGACUGCCGGUCGUUCUUCUCCUUCAGCUCGUCUCACAUAUCCGGCUCCACUAACGUGCGCUUCAGCGCCAUAGUGCGCCGGAGAGCGCGAGGUGGACUCGGGCUGGAACACAUCGUCCCCAAUGAGGAGACCCGGAGCAGGCUGCUCUCCGGAGAGUACCGCACUGUGGUGCUGCUCGAUGACCGGAGCUUAGACUUGAGCCAGGUGAAGAAAGACGGGACUCUGAUGCUGGCCGUGAGCGCUCUGAGUCGUAACAACCCCCGAGGAGUGAACAUCUUCUUCCUGAAAGGUGGCUUUGAUACAUUUUCAUCCGAGUUCCCUGACAUGUGUACCAAAGCGCCCCUUCCACAGGGCCUGAGUUUGCCCCUGAGUGCCAACUGCCCUCCUGGUAGCCCCGGUUCAGGCUGUAACAGCUGCUCUACUCCUCUCUACGAUCAGGGUGGCCCAGUAGAAAUCCUUCCCUUUCUCUAUCUUGGAAGUGCCUACCAUGCUUCCCGGAAAGACAUGCUGGACAUGUUGGGCAUCACAGCGCUCAUAAAUGUUUCUGCCAACUGCCCCAAUCAUUUUGAGGACCAUUAUCAGUACAAGAGCAUUCCGGUUGAAGACAACCACAAAGCGGAUAUUAGUUCCUGGUUCAAUGAGGCGAUUGAAUUUAUUGACUCCGUGAGAAAUAAAGGUGGCCGUGUGUUCGUGCACUGCCAAGCGGGCAUCUCGCGCUCAGCCACCAUCUGUCUGGCCUACCUCAUGCGUACCAACCGUGUCAAGCUGGAAGAGGCUUUCGAGUUCGUCAAGCAGCGGCGCAGUGUCAUCUCACCCAACUUCAGCUUCAUGGGCCAGCUGCUGCAGUUCGAAUCGCAGGUGCUCGCCACAUCUACCUGCUCAUCGGAGGCAAGCAGCCCGGCACUCAGCAAGAGUGGCACCGUUUUCAACUUUCCUGUCCCCAUUCCUGUUCAUACUGGUCCCAGUCCACUGUCCUUCUUGUCCCAUCAUAGUCCCAUCACCCCUUCACCAACCUGCUGACAGGACUUCCUUGUUAUUCUAAGACUGUUGAAGGAGGGUUUCAGACAUGUAGGUCAUUUUUAAAUGUCUAGUAAUAGGUCACGAUGACGCUACUUGUCUCAAAGAUUAUAACACAACCAUUAGAUUCAAAACCACAUGCUGGCCUCAGGUCUUGUUGUUUCACAUGAUCACUGCAGUGGUUUUCAUUGCUGGAUAAUUAAAAUUGUGACUGUUACUCAACAGUAUUUCCAUGCAAUUCUGGAUAGGAGUAGAUGGCUGGUUCAGCCUUGUUCCUCCAGGCUGCCUUUGUUUUGAAAACACUCCUGUUGACUGAACUGAAGAGGUGGGCAUUGAUCAGAGUGUGAACGUGUGAUGUUUUUUUGGAGCUAUCGUGGGGCUCUUGAAUGUCUGUCUGCUGCAGUCACCGUAAUUUGAGCCUUGCAACUGAUAAUCAUUGGCCUUCUGUUUUAUGUGUCGGCACAGGAUAAAACACCCGGUGUUAUAGUUUUCUCAGGAAGAGUCAUCUUUAUUUCUUGACAUACACACAGUCUGAGGUGACUGCAAGUUGCCAGACUCUAAGGUGCUAAUCUGAGUGAAUGUCCCCUCUUUGUUUUUUCUCCUUUCCUGAACAGUGAAUGUAUUUAUAAUCUCUGGCUAGACUCAUUCUGCCUUAAGACAAUGGAAGUGAAACAUGUGGCUCUUUAAAGGGCCUCUGUGCUUUUCAGACCUUCAUCCAGCCUACCAAGACGUUUGUUUCCUUGUAAACAAACACAAAAUACCUCAUGUGUGUGUAAUGUUGGCAGUUCUGUAAGAUCUACAACCAGUACCAAUGGGAGUGACUUUCAGGAGACUGUAUUGAUAUGUCAUAUUUAUUUACUAAAUUAAUAUAUUUCAUAUUGUAUAUUUUUACAUCUUUGUGAUAUCUUUUGAUACUGACAAAUAAAAUGUUUUUUUUU